GUAUCCGUCGAAGUGUGGUUUUGAGGGCUUCCUUGCUCCCACGGAAGACCCCAGGAUGCCAGCAGCCGGCGAAGGGGCGUGGAUUGGCUUAUGACGUUUUGUUUGCAGCAGAAGGAGAACGUGCGAGAUAGGAGGUGGCGAACAGCUGCAGGGGCAGCGGAAGGCUCGAGAGUGAGCGAGGCUGGCAGCCGCCGAGGCGGGUUGUCUGCUCGCGGGAAGGGGAGCCCAGCGCUCAGCCGCCACCGGCUUCAGGAUGUAGGCGAUCAGCGGAAGGGCUCUUACUGGCAGAAGGGCUCAUCAUGAAGAAACACUCGGCCAGAGUAGCCCCUCUUAGCGCUUGCAACAGCCCGGUUCUUACUCUCACCAAAGUGGAAGGGGAUGAGCGCUCCCAUGAUUGCACAACACCAGCAGAAGCUCAGACACAAGCUGGGAUGGAAGCUGGUGGAAGAGGGAGCCGAUGUUGCCAAACUUGCUCUGUGAUCCAGCUUAAGAAAAUUUUCUGGGGAGUAGUGGUGGUACUUGGUGUCUGCUCUUCCUGGUCAGGAUCAACCCAGCUAGCAAAACUGACCUUUAAAAAAUUUGAUGCACCCUUCACUUUGACAUGGUUUGCAACAAACUGGAACUUUUUAUUCUUUCCUUUGUAUUACGUUGGACAUGUCUGUAAGUCAGCUGAAAAACAAUCUCCCCAACAAAGAUACGGGGAGUGUUGUCGAUUUUUUGGAGACAAUGGCUUGACGCUGAAGGCAUUUUUUACCAAGGUAGCACCUUUCGGUGUUCUUUGGACACUCACAAACUACCUGUACUUACAUGCAAUAAAAAAAAUAAACACUACGGAUGUCUCCGUUUUGUUCUGCUGCAACAAAGCUUUUGUGUUCUUGCUUUCGUGGAUUGUUCUCAGGGACAGAUUCAUGGGAGUGAGGAUUGUCGCUGCUAUACUUGCUAUUGCAGGGAUAGUUAUGAUGACUUAUGCAGAUGGAUUCCACAGUCAUUCAGUUAUUGGAAUAGCACUUGUUGUGGGAUCUGCCUCAAUGUCAGCUCUUUACAAGGUUUUAUUUAAGCUUCUCCUGGGCAGUGCUAAGUAUGGAGAAGCUGCCUUAUUUUUGUCAGUGUUAGCUGUUUUCAAUAUCCUUUUUGUUACCUGUAUUCCUGUCAUCCUUUACUUUACCAAAGUUGAAUACUGGAGUUCUUUUGAUGCCAUUCCUUGGGGAAGCAUUUGUGGAUUUUCAGUCCUAUUAUUGACAUUCAAUAUUUUAUUAAAUUUUGGGAUUGCUAUUACAUAUCCUACCUUAAUAUCUCUUGGGAUUGUACUAAGUGUACCUGUAAAUGCUAUUGUUGAUCACUACUCGAGUGAUAUUGUCUUCAACAGUGUCCGUGUAAUUGCCAUUGUCAUAAUUGGCUUGGGCUUCCUCCUGCUGCUUCUACCAGAGGAGUGGGAUGAGUGGCUAAUAAAACUUCUUACCCGCCUCAAAGUGCGAAAGAAGGAAGAGAUUCCAGAGGGAAACGGAGACAUUGUUUCAGGAUUGCAAAAUAAAAGUAGAAGAACACGCCCCUCCAUGUCAUCUUUCACACAUUAAUAUAAUUUUAUGAACAUUCUUUAACAUUGUAUACUAUAAUUCAUAGCUUUUUUCUUGCAAAGCACAUAUGUUCAAUACAGUAAAUAUACACAGAUGUACAGUUUUGAUAAUAAUAGUCCAAGGCAUCAAGUUUCAGCAUCUCUAAAUUGCUUGCACUGUUUCACAUUCAACCUUUCACUUGGGAGAACUUCUCUAAAAAAUCAAAAAUGAAAUUCUUUUUAAAUGAAUGUAAUGUAUAAACUAACGAUCUUUGCAUAUAUGAUUUUAUUGAUAAAUCAUGAGAUGGAGGGCAUAUAUUUUGAACAUUACGUACUGAAUAAUACAUUGCACACUGUGAUUUAUGCGUGUGUGCAUGCACACACAUAAACAUAUAUAUAUAUAUAUAUAAAUAUACAACACACAUAUAUAAUGAGAAACAAGUAUUACGCUUAUGUCAUAAGCUUAUUUUUUACGAGAG